GACCGCCGCCAGCAUGGGCUCCUUCUCCACCAUCACCGCCAGCUUCCUCCUCCUCCUGGCGGUCCAGCUCCCAGGGCAGACCAGAGCCAACCCCGUGUACAGCUCCGUGGCCAACGCCGACCUGAUGGAUUUCAAGAAUUUGCUGGACCAUUUGGAGGACAAGAUGCCGUUAGAAGACGAGGUCAUGCCCCCGCAAGUACUAAGCGAGCAGAACGAGGAAGCUGGGGCAGCGCUCAGCCCCCUCCCUGAGAUGUCUCCCUGGACCGGGGAGGUCAACCCAGCCCCGCGAGAGGGGGCUGUCCUUGGCCGGGGCCCCUGGGACUCCUCCGACAGGUCCGCCCUCCUGAAAAACAAGCUGAGGGCGCUGCUCGCGGCCCCUCGCAGCCUGCGGAGGUCCAGCUGCUUCGGGGGCAGGAUGGACAGGAUUGGAGCCCAGAGCGGCCUGGGCUGCAACAGCUUCCGGCCACCGCCGGCCAAGCCCGAGCCUGUGCCGUCCUCUGUGGAGGGGCCAGGGCCCCGGAGGCCGGGGCUGCUGGCACCAGGAGGGCUGGAUGCAGGUUUCCAGCAGGCUUCUGAGGAGCGGGCUUCAGUAUCUGCUGAGACUGAAACCACGGGGGCCAGAGCUGAGCUCCCCCGGCAGCGCAUCCCCCCAGGGAAGCUGCAGACUGAGGGGCCGCAGAGGAAGGCCUCCCUGAACGUGGCCGUCCUCUCAGCGCCCAGCGCCCAACUCCCGAGCCAGUAA